AUGGCCAANCUUAAUGGCGAAGUAUACAUGUUAAGGACCAAAUUUGUUCGUUCAUUAUUUGCAGCUACUCCUAUGAAUCCUGCACUGAAUGUAGAUGCUGAAUUUUCUUACGGUGCGGGGCAACUCAAUCCUUUGAAAGCAGUAAAUCCUGGACUAGUUUAUGAUGUUGAUGAAUAUGAUUAUAUUAGUUUUCUGUGUGGACAAGGUUACAAUUCAUCAGCGCUGCGAAUAAUUACCGGAGCUGAUAUAAUUUGCACAUCAGCAAAUACAGAGUCUGUUUUCAACCUUAAUCUCCCAUCUUUUGCUCUAUCAACCCCUCGCUCAAGCCACAACAAUGUCACUUUUGUUAGAACUGUUACAAAUGUUGGAUCAGUUACAUCCAAAUAUAGGGCCACGAUAACUGCACAUCCAUCUUCUUUGAAGGUCGAAGUAGUGCCAAAUGUUUUGGCCUUCUCAUCGUUGGGUCAGAAGCUGUCUUUUACCCUUAAGAUUGAAGGAAGCAUUAAUGCAGACUUGGUUUCUUUUUCUUUGAUUUGGGAUGAUGGCACUCUUAAGGCAAGGAGCCCCGUUGUUGUUUAUGUUCCAUAA